AUGCGCAUCUCCUCUGUUCUGGCCACUGGCCUAUCAACAUGUCUCUUCUCAGCUCCCUUCGUAGUAGCUGAACCACCAUCCGUCGAAUCGCUCCUAACAUCUGCCGCCAAAUUCGCCGCCUCUCUAAAAUCCACCUACCCAAACCCCUCCAUCGCCCUCCUCCCUAGGCCAUUCUGGUGGUGGCAGUCCGGCAUCGCGAUCGAUGCUCUGCUCACAUACUCCCAGACUACUGGGGACAAACAAUACUAUGCACUCCUGCAAAAUACGAUCAUAAGCCAGAAAACAGGAACAAACGACUUCAUGACACGGGAUGCGGAAGGAAACGACGACCAAGCAUGGUGGGCGCUCGCCGCGCUCUCAGCAGCUGAAAAUGGUGUACCGAAUGUUGGAAACGUGACCUGGCUUGAUCUAGCGCGCAAUGUAUACAACGAACAGAAAGCGCGCUAUGAUCCAUCGACCUGUGGAGGAGGCAUACGAUGGAAGGUUCUCGAGGGCAACGGAAAAGACGGCUGGCACUACAAGAAUUCCAUUUCAAACGGAUUGUUUUUCCAACUAGCUGCGCGCCUUGCGAGGUUUACGGGCGAUGCUGAUGCACAAGCUUGGGCUGAAAGGGUUUAUGACUGGGUUGUCAGCGUCAAACUAAUUGGAGAGAAUUUCGAGGUGUACGACGGCACGGACGACACGAAUGGCACAUGCACAGAGCUCAACCGCGACCAGUGGAGUUACAAUAACGGUGUCUUCUUGCAUGGAAGCGCAGUUAUGGCUGCUCUUACCAAGAAUGCGAAGUGGCUGGAUCGAACUAACGGGUUCAUUGCUUCUGCUAAGAGGACGUUCACGCAAAACGGUACGCUGUUUGAGCAGAAGUGCGAGGCCUCGGCGACCUGCAAUACCGAUCAAGUCAGCUUCAAAGGCAUACUCGCACGCUGGCUGGGUGCUAGUGCUCUUAUACUUCCAGAACUACGAGCGGAUAUUGCAGAUGUUAUUUCUGGUACUGUAACAGCAGUACAGAGGGGUAAUGCGACAGGACUUGGGGUUAUGGACAGCUUCAUUGGGUUGGAGGUUGUCGAUGCGAGCCUACGGACACAGGGGAUAGGUGGAGUGGAGGGAGUAAUCGGACUUUAUAAGGGUACUAAUAGAGUGAGGAGAAGUAUCGCUGGAAGGAUUCGGAUUUAA